UAGACCUGUAACGUACCAUGACCACGAACAAUGGCCACCAGUGAUGAUUCCUUCCUCCCUCGCAUCCAGUCGGUGUUCUACGCAGGAUUCGAUGUCGUUACCGGUCCAAAGAUUGUUUAUCAAGUUCCCGAAGGUUUAAUCGCUUUACCACAUCAUGAGCCUGCAACUCCCUUCUCUAAUCCUUCAUCUCCGAACCUUAUUGGAGAUCAACUUCCGCUGUCAUCUCAUGGAAUUGUGUCCCCAAUUGAAUAUCGUUCAGGCUCCCGUCUAUUUCACUCGCCGAGCAAGCGAAGCCAAUACACUCUUUUCAAUUUCGAGGAAAUAUCGAAGUUCGUGAUCCCUCCCCCAGCUCUUUGCGGAAGACUUGUCAUCUGUUCCACCAAGCGCCAUCGUAUCAUUGGUUUUCCGGUUCUCCUUGAAGGAGAGAAAUAUCAACAGAAUUACCGCAAUUUCUUCAGAUUCAACCUAUGCUUCGUCUUUGAACGGGUUGCAGACCUCAGUUGCUACGAACCAAUUGUCAGAAAGAUUAGUCGGGUGCUUACAAGUUGUGAGGAGGAAUCCAGCUUUCUUUCAUCUCCGGAGGCUUCUCAGGCCAUGCACGCUGUCUUGGAGCAACUAUACGAGGAUCUCAACUCGUAUUCUGAAACCUCUAUACCAAUAGACCAGUUUAACUCAAUCGAAUUGAAAAUCUUUCCGUUCUAUCCAAAUCCGCCCCCGGUUCACGAUUGGAUGGUUCCCCUCGCGCUUAUUAACCUUACAAAGCGUAUAGAAGACAACUGGGAUUUGACUAUGGCCAAAGUUUGUCGGCAUAUAAACGGUAUCAACCACGUUAGUCGAAUUGCGUAUCUUGCGGACUGCGACAUAAAGUUGACCCGUUCUGCUAUUUCUCACCUGCUAUACUACCAAGUCAUAAUGACGAUUGAUAUUUUUCAGUACUCUAAUACGUACACGCUUUCUCGAAGUGUACAGUGGCUGGCUCAUGAAGCCCAUGUUAGAGAAGAAUGUGGUCCUUAUUGCACGAAACCGGGAUCUCCAAUUCCAGAAUGGCCAACGUUGCUGCACCUGUAUUCUCGUAUGAAACCUGGAAAGACAAUUCUGGAAUGGAUGCAGGCCCACGCUGUUAAUGAAUUUGGAAUUGACGUGCGCCGGUUCACUAGUUUUGGCGUGAUCAAAGGUUUCUUGCGCAGGAUACAUAGGUGGCCCGUUCUUCUGCAGGCGAACGCCUCUCCUAACUCACCGAACAUGGCUGCCCCCAUUCGAAAGCGAAUCCAGUCCUUUACAAGGUUGCAGUCUCAGUCAGGCGUUCGCAACCCGACCAGCUCAGCCAGUAGUCCAUCCAAUCGACAAACAGCAUUUCGUGGAAGAUCUCAACACGCAGAAAUGACUCACACUACGUUGUCCGUAAACAAUGAAGCAUCUAGCCCACCUCCUACGUCGGUGGACACCCAAAGUACACUAUCUCCCAAGUUGUUGCAGGACCAUGUUACGAACGCUGCUCAACCUCGAACCCGACGGUCAAGCGCUGCUGAACGAAUACUGGAACAUCUACGAAGCCGCGAUCAGAAUGUGGUACCCAAUAUUUCACGUUCUCUGCGGGUUUAUCCUCCUGCAGAUGAUAGCCACUCAUCCUCCUCGGCUACUCCCAGCACAAGACAUGCCACACCCCAGGAUAGGUUGUAUAUAGACUCUGUUGCAGCGGGAACAAAGGUCUCUGUUGUGUCAAUCGCUGCUGUCAAGGACUCCGACGCACGAAGUCAGUCCCUCUUGCUUCACUCAGCACCGCCAAAUCAGAAUGAUAGUCCGACCACGAAGGCAUCCCUUGUCCCUCCCCGACCACGAUUAUCGAGGUCGCCUUCCGCUCCCGUAGUGCGUACCAUUAACGGUGUUCUUACGAACAACUCUAUAAGCGCUCCACCCUCCUCUCCGUAUCCACCAGAGUUGCUGGAACUGCUUGACGGCGAGCAUCAUACCGACGAACUGGCCGUACGGUUUCAGGCAGGCUGGCCCCUCCUGGAGCAAUGGUUGGUGAAUAUAGGAGGCGGAGAAGGAAAUGGUGACUUUGGCCGGGUAUGCAUAAUCUAUCAAUAGCUGGUCAAUGGUCCUCGAAUACUUAUGAUGAGUACGCUGGUUCUCUUUCUGAGAUCGAUGAUGCUAUUACAUUAUUUAAAUGUACAGCACAGUAUAUACUUCUGAUGUGAAGUGCGGCAACUUAAGCCCACUCAUGGUCUUUCGGGUUUCAGUGGCUGGUGCAAGUUGGUUUCUGUCGUUAAUAAUGCAAUUUGAAGAUUCAGGUACUUAUUAUUUUGACAGACCUGCACUGGAUCAUGCAGGCACUGGCCAUGGGUGAAAGUCGACAAUGUUCGUUUGCUUUGACCAAGAGUCUCCGUCCAACGUCGUCUUUCAUGGUCUGAGCUAUAUACGAGGGAGCUGUAGCUUGGGCUGAGGGCAAGCAUUAGCUUGGCCAGGAACGCGGGAAGAUCACGC